CGUGGCUUUCGUUGCUGGUCCUGGACUCAGAGGUCCGGCCAGCGCCCCCGGCCCGCGGCCACCUCUGGUCUUCCCGGGACGCCCCCAGGCGGCACCUAACUGCAGCCCGCGUUCCCCUGUCCAGGCCUGCCCGGCCUCGCAGGGUGGGGCAGGUGGGCGGGGCGGCCGGGAGGAGAGGGAAGUGAGGAGCGGCAGCCGCUGGGGGAAGAGCCGCAGGAGCAGGAGCGGGAGAGGAGCCAGGCAGGUCCUGCGACAGCAUGUUCACGCCCAUUCCCAAGAGUGGCUCUCCGUUCCCCGCGUCCGUGCAGGACCCUGGCCUGCACGUGUGGCGGGUGGAGAAGCUGAAGCCGGUGCCCGUGGCACGCGAGAGCCAGGGGGUCUUCUUCUCGGGGGACUCCUACCUGGUGCUGCACAACGGUCCGGAAGAGCGCUCCCAUCUCCACCUGUGGAUCGGCCAGCAGUCUUCCCGGGACGAGCAGGGGGCCUGCGCCGUGCUGGCCGUGCACCUUGAUGCCCUGCUGGGGGAGCGGCCGGUGCAGCACCGGGAGGCGCAGGGCAACGAGUCCGACCUCUUCAUGAGCUACUUCCCGCGGGGCCUCACCUACCAGGAAGGCGGUGUGGAGUCAGCAUUUCACAAGACCUCCCCGGGGGCUGCCCCGGCCGCCAUCAGGAAGCUCUACCAGGUGAAGGGGAAGAAGAACAUCCGGGCCACCGAGCGGGCACUGAGCUGGGACAGCUUCAACACCGGGGACUGCUUCAUCCUGGAUCUGGGUCAGAGCAUCUUUGCCUGGUGUGGUGGAAAGUCCAACAUCCUGGAGCGCAACAAGGCCCGGGACCUGGCCCUGGCCAUCCGGGACAGCGAGCGGCAGGGCAAGGCCCAAGUGGAGAUCGUCACCGACGGGGAGGAGCCCGCUGAAAUGAUCCAGGUUCUGGGCCCCAGGCCUGCUCUGAGGGAGGGGAGCCCUGAAGAGGACCUGACGGCCGACCAGACCAACGCCCAGGCCGCGGCUCUGUACAAGGUCUCCGAUGCCACUGGGCAGAUGAACCUGACCAAAGUGGCUGACGCCAGCCCCUUUGCCCCCGAGCUGCUGAUACCUGACGACUGCUUCGUGCUGGACAACGGGCCCUGUGGCAAGAUCUACAUCUGGAAGGGGCGGAAGGCCAACGAGCAGGAGCGGCAGGCGGCCCUCCGAGUGGCAGAAGGCUUCAUCUCCCGCAUGCAGUACGCCGCCAACACUCAGGUGGAGAUUCUGCCCCAGGGCCGUGAGAGUCCCAUCUUCAAGCAAUUCUUCAAGGACUGGAAGUAAGGGUGGGCUUCCCCCAGCCCCUGCCUGCCCAGUGCCGAGGAGCCCUGUGGACACCAAUAAAGGAAGCCAGUGCCUGA